CAAUCAAUCAAAGGGACCAUGAAGCUGCUGUUUGUCCUCUCCCGUAGCUGCUUUGCUUCUACUACUAGAACUAGUAGAGCAUCCCAUCAUAGACGUCGCCUACGACCAUUCAGUACUUCCAACAAUGCCGCCCCAAAUCGAUCAGCUGCACAAGAAUACAUCGAUGGAUUGAUCGGUCUACCCCCUCCGGGAAAGCAAGGACAUCAGCACAAUAAUAGCAUGAACCCAGUAGUGCGUGCUCGUGCUGCUAUGGCUCAGGGUCCUCUGUUGCUAUCUGGGUCUUCGUAUCUGUUUCCUACGCUGCGCUUGGAACGACACGACAGUCCCGUUUCUUUGCGAGACCGAUUGGAAAAGGCAAGUCCAUCACCACCUCAUGAUGACAACACUACUACGCCACAACCCAAUAAUAAAGAAAGCAACUGGUGUUGUCCCAUCAUUCUCGAUGCCAGUGCCUUGGCACCGGAUGGAUCUCCCCAUUAUCAGCCACCUCCUCCUGGGUCCUUGACCGAAAUGAUUGCAGUGCUGUCAAGAUUUGGAAUGCACGUCAUUGGAAUCACAAAGCUACCCUCUUCUUCUUUCUUGGCCGAAGAAGCAGCUCAAGCGGGCAUACCGUCUAUAUGGGCCCCUCGACGAGCAGGCUCUGACCCAAAGUUCGACAUGUCACAUGUACUGCAGCUAGUCCAACACAAGCAACGACAAUUCCCAGGACAGAAUCCGCAACCUGAAAAAACAGAGAACGACAGCCACAAAGAACCAGAAACUGCUCAUACAGCCAAUAAAGACAAUCCACUGCAAGAAGAGAAUGUAUCGCAAAGAUCUAUCAAGGAAAGAUUCGCAGCUUCCUCUCAUGUGACUACAGACGAGGACCAAACAAACACAGCAUCUCUGGAACCAGAUAAAGUCUCUGCUGAAGAUGAACAAUCAACAACACCAGAGUCCAACCCAACCAUUCCUCCUGUGGAUGUCAGUUCCAGUUCUACACUUUAUCAUGGAUCUGUACGAUCUGGUCAGCAGGUCCUUUCGGCCAAGGGAAAGUCGCUCGUCAUUGUGGGAUCGGUCAACUCAGGUGGAGAAGUCAUGAGUGACGGGGAUAUUUUCGUAUUUGGCAAGUUGCGAGGGCGGGCAUUUGCGGGUCUUGGAAUGACAACCAACAGUGGUACUGGAGCCAAUUCUUCGUCUUCGUCACCAGCCCGAAUAGUAGCCACGAGCUUUGAUGCCGAACUGGUCGCUGUGGGCGAUACCUUUAUGACGAUUGACAAUGUGGAAGAACUCAACGCGACAACACCCCUCAAAGCUGGCCAGCCAAUCAUGGUCACACGGGUAGAAAAAGGUGAAGCACCUGAAAUCCAGUUCUCGGCAGUGGAUCUGUAAUAAUGAAGCCACGUCUUUGAAGAAGAACAGUGUACAUGUCGUGUCUCAUUAGAAUAUUUCAUCACAAUUUCAAAGGAUGUCAUAAAGUAGAACAAAAUACAGGUCAUACGAUUUUAGCAAAAAGUGACUGAACUAAUAAGUAAGUUUACUCACAAACUGCCGAAUCGCUAAUACAGGUGUGGUACAGUAUCUAUCUAUAUGCAUACAUGCUUCCACGCUAUAGCUGUUACUGGCAAAGCUUCACCAUCCGGCGAGUGCAGACACAUGUAAGGAAAUCUUUCAUAAUCAUAGAACAAAUAGUAGUUGGAAGAUCCAAGGAAACUCUUCCACUU